AUGAAUGCCAGAAGCACACGACUACCCCUACAACCUUACAACCCACCUGACCAGCCAGCACCACACACACCAAGGAGCCUCCAAGACGGUAGACAGCAAAACCAGGGAACGAUAGAGUCCGCACCUGCACAAUCCUGGCCAGGACACGCUUGGGCAAUACAGCUAUCUCUGAUGACCCCUGACUUUGCCUUCUACUCACACCCACACUCAUCCUACUCCAGAAUCGACAUGUUCCUAGUUUGCCCCUCACUACUACCCCACGCCAUGGCAACCUCAAUAGGAACAAUCGCCUGGUCCGACCAUGCAGAUAUCUCCCUCACACUCGAGGUCCCCCAAGCUGCAAGACCCUAG